AUGGCCACUGGUCAGCAGCUGCAGAUCGUAUUCCAACAUCCGGUGCUUGUGCAUGAGUUCUACUUUCACAGGUCAACAACAGCCCAAGAAUUUCCGCUUGCGAUUCAGUUCCACGUUGUCUCACAAAACGGCUCCAUUCUGUUCAAGACAUCUUUGACCUUUAAGUCCGACCUUGAGAUGACCUUGACCCUGCAGAUGGAGCUAGAUGAGGCGGUUUCUGCGGCUGUCGUGACCCUCGACAACGACGUGGAAAGUGCUGGAACUAUUUGUGAGAUCGAGGCUUACGGGGACUGUUACCCUCUGUACUACGGCCUGGGCUGUGAGGCCAAGUGUCUGAGCGACUGUGUUGACGAAAUGUGUGACGUCAACGGUUACUGUCUCAGGUGUCCACCAGAGAAGGCGGGGCUCUUCUGUGAGAUAGAUGUGUACACGGAGCUAGCACGUGACGAGAGCAGCAAGAGCAACUACGUCAUCGCCAUUAUCAUCGUCGUCAUCGCCACCAUCUCGAUCGUUCUAUGGAUGAUGAUAAGGCCGCGCUCAAAGCACAAGAAAAAACAUAGAAGCACUGUACCCUGGGAGAGUGACUCCAGUCACGAAGGUUCGACACGAAGGUUCCCGCCCCAUCCAGCGCCCCACGAGCCGCCCCCCGACACCCCGGGCGACAGUAGCUCUAGCAGUGAGGACAGCGUCAGGCGUGACUCGGCUGUCGACAAGAAGAUUGUGCCCGCCCAGCGCCAGGGUCUGGUCGAGUUAUUUGACGUCACCUGA